AUGCUCUUCUCCGGUGCGUGUGCGUGUGCGCGUGCGCGUGAACGGGGGCUGCUGGAGGGUUGUGGCUCUUUUGUGGUCGUUCUACUCUUCGUUUCCUCUCCACGGCUCUUUCUUCUUGUGGGCUCCAGCGUCUUCGGCGCCGGAUGUGGCGCCAUCUCCUCCAAAGCCUGGGGGCGGCGGCGCACCCCGCGUUGCGGCGACGCGUGGCGCCCGCCAAACAGGUUCACGGAAUUUUCUGUGAUGCGAACUCCGGCGGCUUGGACGAGGGCGAAUUGUUGUGUUUCGUCCCCUUUUUUUCACUGCAUUGCGGCGAACGUGGCGGCCGCGUCGCCGUGGGGCCCGGCGCUGAUGGCCAAAGUCUCCUCCUACACGGUCUCGGGCGACGGCGUUCGGGUGGAAUACCCAAAGGAAAGUGCCGUUACCACCGUGUUUUGCGCCCUCGUCUUGUGCCUUGAGGGGUGCCCGCUGAACAGCUACCUGCGAUGGAUUGCGCUCGAGCAAGAGGCCGACGCUGACGUGCGACGCAAACUUGGCGGCCCCGCGUACGCCAGGCUUCAAGCCAUCAAGGACCUCAACGAGUCGAUUAUAGCCGCUCUUUGCGAGGAUGCGUCAAGCGCGGGUUGGAACUUGCCCCCUGACGCCAUGCGCCGCGCGCACGCCAUCUGCAGCAGUCGUUGCGUGGAUGUGCCUCGCUCGCGCGACGUUUUUGGCGGCCCCGCGCUGGUGCCGUUCGUCGACCUCAUCAACCACGACGAGGAGGAACCGAAUGUGGCGGUCUACGUGGACACGAUCGACGCCCUCCGGCCGCUGCUGCGGCGGUCCAAGCGCCUUCCCGAGGCGUUUGCGGACGGCGUCGGUGACGGCCAUUGCCCCUUUUACGUCCUCGCACGGGCCGCGAAGGAGGUCGCCGCGGGCGAGGAGCUGCACUACCGUUACCUUGACCCCAGCGACGCGCUGGCGAGGGAUCCGUUGUUUUGGGCCUCCCGGUUUCACUUCUGCCCGUAA